UAUGCAUGUGUGUGUGAAUGUGUAAGAGUUUUCGUAUGUUUGGGCGUUUUUUUUUUUUUUAACGUCCGGUUCAACCCCCAACAAACACCACCACCACCAGCAACGCGAACACCAUCCAUGCCAGCGUAAAUAUUAGAUCAAUACAUUAUUGUCCAGGCAUUGUUUUUAUAUCCGGACGCUCUUUACGCCGUUAAUCUACAUCUGUCGUGUUUUAAGGGUCCUCAAUACAGAAAGAUGCUUUUCUUGACUUUCCUGUCCCUGCUCCUACUUUCUGAGUGUGAAUCAAUGAGUCCCGGGAAAUAUUCUUCACUUCCAGAAAAGCUGAAGACGAAGGAUAAAGAUGAUAACCAUGGAGGAAUUAAAAUGGGUAUUGUUUCAAAAUUUUGUGAUGAUGGCAAGAUCUCCCUUGAUGUGGAUCUCAAGGAUUCUACCAUUGGUUAUAAGUGCAAACAGGCUAUUAACCAUGUAAAUCAAGUGCCUUUCUACGACAUCUCAUCGGAUGAAGAGGAGGAUCCACCAAUACAUGUUUGCCUGCCGGAAAACAUCACUUAUAACAAAGACAUACCAACAUCUGGUAGUCACCGACCCCUGUGGCCAAAAUAUGGAGAGUAUAUGUACUUGCCACCACAGCGAUGGUUACAUUCACUUGAGCAUGGUGCAGCUGUAUUCUUAUAUCAUCCAUGUGCCAAUAAAGCUAACAUUAGCUAUUUUAAAAGAAUAGCUUUGGUUGCUUAAAGAAGAUUAUUGUGACUCCAUCAAGUAAGGUACCAAAAAGUAGGCCAUUUGUUGUUGUGGUAUACAAGAAGAAGUUGCUGAUGAAUACGGUUCAGGAAGGUGUGAUUACAAACUUUCUAGAGACUAAUAACUGGUCUGUUGCUCCAGAACAUAAUGUGUGGACAGAUGGAUUUUACUCAUUAUACUUGCAAAAAUCUUCUUAUGAUAACACCGUGCUUAAAAAUAGCUACAAGAACAUGUGUUUAGAGAACUUACUGGACAAUUACAAAGACAUGGUUGAGAAUAUUGCACUGACUUAAUUUACAGAAUUUAUCUCAACUAAUACUACUGCUGCUGCUGUUGCCACUACUGCUGCUACUACUUCUGCAGAUAAUAAUAACACUACUAAUUAUUCUUUUCAAAAAUUGUAAUUAUGGUAAUAACAAUAAUAAUAAUGGUAAAGGUUGUCGUGAUGAUUUUUCUUUUUGCCAUCUGGGCACUAUGAUACAGAAACAUUUAAAAGGAAAGAAUAAAGAAAACACUAUCUCAUAACAAAAAUAAUUAUGGUGGUGCUAAUAAAUUAUUUUGAAAAAGCAUAA